AUGGCGGGGGUCACCGUCAGUUCCAGCUGCCGCGACUGUUUCGCGUCCAAUUCCACUGCGAGUGUCGCGCAUCUGCGCCUCGAUGAGGAUGAUGAACUUUUGAAAUACAUUUGGAGUGAAUACUUGCAUCCGAAGCAGUAUGAGUGGGUGCUGAUAGUCGGAUACAUUGUUGUCUUUCUGUGCUCGCUGGUCGGAAACACAUUAGUUUGUUUUGCAGUGUGGAAAAACCAUCAUAUGCGCACAGUGACCAACUACUUCAUUGUGAACCUGUCCUUUGCUGAUAUCCUGGUCACGAUUACUUGCCUUCCCGCCAGUCUUGUAGUGGAUAUCACAGAAACAUGGUUCUUUGGAGACACGCUCUGUCGGAUCUUACCUUAUUUGCAGACAAUCUCUGUGUCUGUAUCCGUGCUGACCCUCAGUUGCAUUGCCCAGGACCGGUGGUAUGCUAUCUGCCACCCUCUGAAGUUCAAGAGCACUGCGAAACGGGCCCGCAGGAGCAUCAUCCUGAUCUGGUUGGUGUCCUGUGUGAUCAUGAUUCCCCAGGCUAUUGUCAUGGAGUGUAACAGCCUGCUGCCUGAGCUGCUGCCUGAGCUCACCAACAAGACAGUUCUCUUUACUGUGUGUGAUGAACACUGGGGAGAUGAGAUCUACCCCAAGGUCUACCACACCUGCUUUUUUAUUGUUACCUAUUUUGCUCCUUUGUGUCUGAUGAUCCUGGCGUACAUCCAGAUCUGUCAGAAACUCUGGUGCCAGCAGAUACCAGGGACUUCAUCAGUGGUGCAGAGAAAGUGGAAAUCCCUGCAAUGUUCAGCUCAGGCUUCAGGCCCUGGUGAGUCGGUUAAGGUCAGGACCAGUGCGGUGUCGGCUGAGAUCAAGCAAGUGAAAUCUCGACGGAAAACGGCACGCAUGCUGAUGGUGGUGCUCUUCGUCUUUGCCAUCUGUUAUCUACCCAUUAGCAUCCUUAAUAUCAUGAAAAGAGUGUUUGGUGCUUUCAAGAAUGCAAACAACAGAGAAACUGUGUAUGCCUGGUUCACCUUUUCCCACUGGCUUAUAUAUGCCAACAGUGCAGCCAAUCCCAUCAUCUACAAUUUCCUCAGUGGUAAAUUUCGAGAGGAGUUCAAAGCAGCCUUUGCCUGCCACUGUUCAGGUCAAGGGGAAAAAAAGGAGAGGGUGAGGACCAAGAUGAGCACCGACAGCCACAAAUCCCUGUCCACACAAGUGAGUCAUUUCGACAAUGUCUCACGGAUCUCGGACCAGGUCAUGUAG